AUGGAAAAUUUCGAUACAUUCCUUUUUUUCACACAGAUAAUUUGGAAAAACACACGAGAGCCCGGAGUAGGAAGUGCCAAAAGUAAAACAGGAAAGUUGUAUGUUGUGGCUAAUUACUUUCCUCCAGGUAACUACCGUGGGAAAUUUGUGAAAAAUGUUCUAUUCCCGGGGGCCUUGCAAUUUAGAUCAAGUUUGAGUAGUUAUAACUCUGAUAGUGAACGGAAUUAUUCAAAAAGGCCACCAUCUCAAAAUUUAAGAAGCAGUAAAAACUUAUCUGGGAUAGCAACAGAGCUAGUCACAAAAUUAGGAUCGGUGUCAAUAUCUGGGGAAACAUUUGAAGAAGAAUUUUUAAGAGCACACAACGAAUAUCGCAAGCGGCACGGCGUUCCACCACUAGAGCUUAACAAGAAACUUUGUAAAUACGCAGAAGAGUGGGCCAAACAACUCGCUGAAAAUGGACAAGUGGAACACAGAGAUCGGAGCGAAUACGGUGAAAAUAUAUUUUAUGCUUGGUCUUCAGAUUCCAAUUUUGAGGUUUCCGGCCGAGAUCCUGUAGAUAAGUGGUAUAACGAAAUUAAUUUGCAUGAUUUUGGGAGAGAACCAAACGAUUUUAAGUCGGGACACUUUUCUCAGGUUAUAUGGGAGGAGAGCAAAGAACUAGGUGUAGGAGUUGCUAAAUCCAAAGAUGGUGAAGUAUAUGUGGUUGCUUAUUAUUUUCCACCCGGAAAUAUAAUGGGUAGUUUUUCCAAAAAUGUAAAACCACCAAUUAACUAA